GGAAGACUUGCGCGCAUGCGCUGUCAACCUCAACGCGAGCUGCAGGGACCGGGCCACGGCGCAAACCGCAUUAAUAAAACAAGAUGGCUGGAUUGCCCCGCAGGAUUAUUAAGGAGACGCAGCGCUUGUUGGCCGAGCCUGUGCCUGGAAUCAGAGCGGAGCCUGAUGAGGGAAACGCUCGGUAUUUCCAUGUGGUGAUCUCUGGGCCGCAGGAUUCGCCCUUUGAGGGCGGGACGUUCAAACUGGAGCUGUUCCUCCCAGAGGAGUAUCCCAUGGCUGCUCCCAAGGUCCGAUUCAUGACCAAAAUCUACCAUCCUAAUGUGGACAAACUGGGCAGGAUCUGUCUGGACAUCCUGAAAGAUAAAUGGUCUCCGGCUCUUCAGAUCCGUACAGUGCUGCUCUCUAUCCAGGCUCUGCUAAGCGCUCCAAACCCUGAUGACCCGCUGGCUAAUGAUGUCGCUGAACAGUGGAAGAGCAACGAGGCUCAAGCCAUUGAAACAGCCCGAACAUGGACCAGGCUUUAUGCCGGCAACAACAUUGAAGUUUAGAAGAAGGAAACGGUGGCAUC